AUGCGCCGAGUCCCAGUUGACAAGCGACCCGACGCCACGCGGCUCGUACAGAGCCAAGGGCUCGUGUACUCCAAGAACCCGGUGCCCGGAGACCUGUCCGACCCGUACUGGCCCGAUGAUCGAUACUACUCCUUCACCACCGAGGAGGUUGCGCUGCUCGAAAAGGCCGGCCAAGAUGUUUUCGACAUGUGCUGCGAGGCCGCCGACUACCUUGUUGAGCACCCGGAUUUGAUUACGGGGAAGCUGGCCAUCCCUACAUUUGCGCUCAGCCAAAUUAUCAAGUCGUGGAACCGCGAGCCUGCCUGGGCCAGCAUCUACGGCCGCUUCGACGUGUGUUUUGGUGGUCUCGAUCACGUGGACCCCCGGCUGCGCGUGCCCAAGUUCUACGAGUUCAACGCCGACACCCCCACAUCGCUCGUCGAGGCCGCGUCGAUCCAAUGGCUCUGGCUUGAGCAGACCGGCCACGGCAACGACCAGCUCAACUCCAUCACCGAACGGCUCAUCGAAGCCUGGAAGCGGAAUCUGACGCUCGUCGAGAAGGAGCUGGGGCACCCCGUCAAGGUGCAUUUCGCGCUGGCGAAGGGGGACCCGACGGGCGAGGAUGCCAUGAACACGACCCUCCUGAUGGACACAUGCCAGCAAGCCGGCUGGUCUACCAAGGCGUUGUUUAUGGAAGAGAUCUCUCUCUCCCGUCGCGACGGGCGGUUCUACGAUCACGAGGGGGAGCACAUGGACGUCGUCUUCAAGCUCUAUCCGUGGGAGUACAUGGCGGAGCAGAAGUUCGGCGAGGCGUGCUUCAAGGAUAUGGAGCGCAUCGGCCAGCGCAACGGGGCAGGGGAGUACAUCGGUGGGACCGUGUGGAUCGAGCCGCCGUACAAGAUGCUAUGGAGCAACAAGGCCCUCUUCGCCCUUAUCUGGCAGCUCUUCCAGGACGACCCGCGGUCCCGAUGGCUGCUGCCCACCUACUUCGAGGGCGAGGCGCCCGCGUCGCUCACCAAGUUUGCGCGGAAGCCCAUCUUCGCCCGCGAGGGCGCCGACGUCGUCCUGCAGUCGGACGGCGAGGUUAUCCAGGAUGCGACGACCGGAGACUACGGAAAGGAGGGCUACGUAGUGCAGGAGCUCGCGCUACUGCCGGAGUUUAAGGAUGAGCGGGAUGUCUCACAUUAUCCCGUGGUCGGUCUCUGGUUCGUUGACGGGGAUGUCGCAGGGAUGGGCAUCCGAGAGGACAAAACGCCCAUCACCACCAACGGGUCUAUGUUUAUCCCCCACUCCAUUUCAGAUGGGUCGGUGAACUACGAGAGGCAGCCUGUCCCUGACCCGGACGAGAUCGAGGCGUCACUGACGGUGGAGCGGUAUACGGACGUGGCGGAGGGGACACGCGAUGUUCUUAGAGUGCUGACCGACGACUUUCUCGAGGGGCGGAAAAAGGCCUACAUUAGGGAGCUCAAGAUAUUCCUCAAUGAAAUCAACCCGGACAUCGAGAACCUAUACUAA